CUCUAUGCCCACUUCUCUAUGCUCUGUCCUGCUUCUGCUUCUGCUGCCUAUUUGUACCACUGCUCAAACUCACAGCAACAUAUCCCUGGGCUCAUCCCUCACUGCAGAGAACAAUAUUAACUCUUCCUGGUCAUCGCCAUCCGGAGAAUUCGCUUUCGGGUUCCAGCGCACUGAGAACCAGAGCUUCUUAUUGGCCAUCUGGUUUGACAAGAUCCCUGAAAAAACCAUUGUUUGGUCAGCCAAUGGAGGUAAACCUGUGCAGAGAGGAUCCAAGGUUCAGCUGACCACAGACGGCCAGCUCACUCUUAAUGACACAGAAGGAAAUCAGGUAUGGAGUGGCAGUGCUUUUUCCUCUGCUGCUGAAGUAGCCUACGCAGCCAUGCUUGACAGUGGAAACUUGGUGCUGGCGAGCCAGGAUGGUGUCAACUUGUGGGAGACUUUUGAUCGCCCCACAGAUACAAUAUUACCCACACAAGGAUUUAGGCAAGUCAGCCUCGUUGCUCGUUUCACAGAAUCGAAUUAUUCGAAUGGAAGAUUCCAGUUCAGUUUACAAAAUGAUGGAAAUCUUGUGCUUUACACUAGAGCUUUCCCGACAGAUUCUGUGAAUUCUGCAUAUUGGUCAUCUGACACAGUAGGUAGUGGUUUUCAGGUUAUCUUCAACCAAUCUGGCUACAUUUAUCUCACGGCGAAGAAUGGGAGCAUACUCUCUCAAAUAUCAGCAGAUGGGGCUUCAACAAGAAACACCUACCAGAGAGCAAUUCUGGAAUAUGAUGGAGUUCUCAGGCAUUAUGUGUACCCCAAAGCUGGAGGCUCCUGGUCCGUGUCAUCUUCCUUACCUGAUGAUAUCUGCACCAGCAUUAGGCAAGACACAGGCGGAGGAGUUUGCGGGUUCAACAGCUACUGCAGAUUAGGAGAUGAUCAGAGACCGAACUGUGAGUGCCCACCCGGUUAUGCCCUCUUUGAUCCAAAUAAUAAGAUGAAUGGAUGUAAACAGGACUUCAUUUCGCAAAAUUGUUACUUGGGAUCAAACGAGACGGGUCUGUUUGAACUCGAAGCGAUGGAAAACGUUGAUUGGCCGUUGUCUGAUUAUGAACAUUUCAAGUCUGUAUCGGAGGAAUGGUGCAGACAGGUUUGCAUGGGAGACUGUCUUUGUGCUGUUGCUAUUUUUGGAAAUGGGGAGUGUUGGAAGAAGAAAAUCCCUCUGUCAAAUGGGAGAAUGGGUUCCGGAGUUGAUAGGAAAGCUCUGAUUAAAGUAGGGAAGAGCAAAUCUCCUGAUCAGCAGCCUCCAGUUGUUAUAGUUUCAAAGAAGAAAGAUCAAUCAACUUUGAUCCUCGCAGGAUCUGUGCUCUUGGGCAGCUCAGUGUUUCUAAACUUCCUCUUACUGCUACCUGCUUCUCUGUUCAUUUUCCAUUUGAAUAGAAGAAGAACAAAGGUGCCUCGACCACAAACAGAUAUGCUAGGAAUGAAUCUGAGGAGUUUCUCUUACAAUGAGCUAGAGAAAGCCACCGAAGGAUUCAAGGAGGAACUGGGAAGGGGAGCUUAUGCAAUUGUUUAUAAAGGAUUUCUAGCAUAUGAUACAAGGGAUCUUGUUGCAGUGAAAAAGUUAGACCACAUCGUGAGAGAAGGGGAGAAGGAGUUCAAAGCAGAAGUAAGUGCCAUUGGCAGAACAAAUCACAAAAAUCUAGUUCAACUACUAGGAUUCUGCAAUGAGGGGCAGCAUCGGCUUCUUGUAUAUGAGUUUAUGAGCAAGGGUUCUCUAGCAAACUUCCUUUUUGGAGAGUCUAGGCCUAGCUGGCAUAGUAGAAUUCAGAUUGUCUUUGGAACUGCAAGGGGGCUUGUUUACUUGCAUGAAGAGUGCAGCACCCAGAUCAUACACUGUGAUAUUAAGCCUCAAAAUAUACUUCUUGAUGACUCCUUAACAGCAAGGAUUUGCGAUUUUGGAUUAGCUAAGCUUUUGAAGGGUGAUCAGACUCAAACUAUGACUUUCCUAAGGGGAACCAAAGGUUACGUUGCCCCCGAAUGGUUCAAGAGCAUGCCCAUUACGGUGAAGGUGGAUGUAUACAGCUUUGGCAUUGUGUUGCUUGAGCUAAUUUUCUGUACGAAAAAUUUUGAUCAAGAAAAAAGUGAUGAAAUCCCGAUGGUACUGGCAGACCUGGUUUCCGAUUGCUACAGAGACGGGACAUUGCAUCUGCUGGUUGCGAAUGAUGAGGAGGCAAUGGAUGACAUGGAUAGGCUGGAGAGGUUUGUGGUGACUGCUCUGUGGUGCAUUCAGGAGGAUCCAUCUGUGAGACCUACCAUGAGGAAAGUCAUUCAGAUGCUGGAAGGAUCUGUUGAAGUUCCUCCUCCUCCAGACCCAUUUUCAUUAGUUAGUUCAACCUAAUCCUUUCAAUAUUGACAGUUAGAAUUUAGCUGGUGUAGUCUAGUACCUUUAUGCAGGUUUCACAACUCAUUUUCUCGGUCUUAAAGUCAAGCUGUGUCUGCUUAUUGGUACUAUGUGAUCCAAUUAUUUUAAAAUAAACCCCCGAGUGAUCAACGAGGUCUGUCUCUGCAAAAUGUGCAACAGAGAUGAAUGUGAAACAAAUAUCCUGUCAAGUGUAAGUAAUAAGAUGGUAGUUACAAGGUCGAUUUUGACCCAAA